AAUCCGGAAGACAUUCGUAUGCUCAAUACCAUGAUUCCUAGGCAUUAUAUGCCCAUGGUACCUACAGCUUUCUUUUUACAAGUAAAGGGAAUGGGUCGUCCCCGCGGCUUUGAGAUGCUUCCAGAUUUCUUCAACCUCGCCGAACAACGUAUCCUACUGGCCGCUGCUUUGCAAAAACUCAACUCAAGUGAGAGCCGACACGUUCGAAAGCGCCAGAAAGCCUUCGAAAAGCAGAGAAAGCCUUUGGGGGAAGCAUCAUCCAUACAGGAUAUGUUUCUACCCGAUGACCAUUACACUUUCGAGCAGGGACAUUAUGACAAUGUCAUUCAUGGUUAUCGUGAAAUGCAUGUCUCGUCCUGGCCCGUCGAAGAAAAUCUCGGUCUCUCUUUGAUAUUCGAUCGACUACAGGAAAUAUAUCCGAGCCAAGACACUCAGACACAUUUGCUACAUCUUUCGUCCACCGGAAAGAUCCUACCCCAUGUAGAUAAUGUCGAAGCCAGUGGAUCCUGGAUCCUUGGGAUCAGUUUGGGAGCUGAGAGAAUUAUGCAUAUGGAGUCGACAGAAGAUCCGCAAGAUACGUUUGACACUUUGUUGCCAUCCGGUUCCGUUUAUAUACAGAGAGAUGCUGUACGUUUCGGAUAUAAGCACUCCAUCCUGUUCAAGGGCGAGUUUCGUGGACUUAACGUCGGAGGCGGCCAGCGCUUGAGCAUGAUGGUUAGAGAUCGUAAACCGCCAAUAGCGUUGUAAAGAAU